GUCUCCCUCCCGGGUCCCGAUUGUCUCCGUCCCCUUCCCAGUCGGCCCGCGCCUCGCCCUGCCCCGUCUCUCCCUCGCACUUCCUGGGUCGCCCGCCGCCGCAGUCUCGCCUCGCCGCGGGAGUCCGAGCCGCCGGUGCCCCGGCUCCAGCCCCCGCAGCCCGCGGCGCCCGUCCGAGGGAGCCCCGGCGCCCGGGGAAGGGAAAAGCGGGCGAGCGCGCCCUCGCCCAGCCCCGCGCCCCAGCCCUGCCCGGCGAGGAAGGACCGGGAAGAUGAACAACGGCGGCAAAGCCGAGAAGGAGAACACCCCGAACGAGGCCAACCUUCAGGAGGAAGAGGUCCGGACCCUAUUUGUCAGUGGUCUCCCUCUGGAUAUCAAACCUCGGGAGCUGUAUCUGCUUUUCAGACCAUUUAAGGGCUACGAGGGUUCUCUUAUAAAGCUCACAUCUAAGCAGCCCGUAGGUUUUGUCAGUUUUGACAGUCGCUCAGAAGCAGAAGCUGCAAAGAAUGCUUUGAAUGGCAUCCGCUUCGAUCCUGAAAUUCCGCAAACACUACGACUAGAGUUUGCUAAGGCAAACACGAAGAUGGCCAAGAACAAACUAGUAGGGACUCCAAACCCCAGUACUCCUCUGCCCAACACUGUACCUCAGUUCAUUGCCAGAGAGCCAUAUGAGCUCACAGUGCCUGCACUUUACCCCAGUAGCCCUGAAGUGUGGGCCCCGUACCCUCUGUACCCAGCGGAGUUAGCGCCUGCUCUACCUCCUCCUGCUUUCACCUAUCCCGCUUCACUGCAUGCCCAGGUUCCCAGCCCCCCACCUGCCCCGGGGCUGUGUCCCAGUCCUGUCCUUUACCACCUGUCUCAGGAAGGCAGCUCCAACUCUGCCCUUUGCUUAGUGAGCAAGUGGAUUCAGAUGCACAAAGCCAUAAGCCAUGGAUGCGCUGGCUCCCUCCCUCCGAGGCUACUUCUCAGGGCUGGAAGUCCCGUCAGUUCUGCUGAAUACUAUGUUCCAGGUGUGUGAUGGUGGCUGCGAUCUGUCUUGUGGGUGUUAAUGCCAUCUUUGGCGGUGGCGACCGUACUCGAGCUGUUCCACGAAACUGGAGCGUGCCGGGACUGAAAUAGCCACAUUCUGACCUUCUGUUCAGUCUGGGAACAUCUAUGGCAAUGUGGACGCAUUCUUUUCCCAUGUGAGAAUUACAUCUACACGGCACAGUUAUGGAAAAGCUCGGGAAACUAUCAGCUCUCCUCCCCUCUCUUCUCUCUUCCCUCCUCCCUUCCAUGGGUUUUCACCUCAAAGCCUUUCUAAUCAGCCAAAAUUACCCAGCCCCACACACCUUGCUUCCUGUGCAGGAGGAAGGGGACCGAGUGAUGGCUGCUUAUUGUCCGGGGAAGCCAAAAGCACCCUCCCACCCCCUCUGCCCCCCAAACUGCUUCCUGGGGCAGCCCCCCAUCAGGGCCAGAGCUGCCCCAUGCAGGUGCUGAGGGUGCUUCUCAGAGGGGGGUGUGAUCAAGUCUUAGGGUCACAUGCCAUUUAUUACCCAUCGUUCUUGUCUCCUUUGCUGCCCCAGAGUGCAAGUGUUGGAAGUUUUGCUACACGCAGGUAACGAUGUCUGGGGUGGAGAAACGAGGACAUAGUCUUAGGGAGGAAAAUUAUCCUUCAGGAGGCCAAACCAAUGGCCUGGACAGGGAGGACUCCUCGUGAGGACGCCGAGGAGAAAGGCCUGCAGGCUGAAGUGCCCAGGGAAGGCCGGAGAGGUGGCACUCCCUCCGAGUUCUGAGAAAGGAGUUUGUGAGGACAGAAGAAGGGGGAUGUAAGCAUAUGCCCCACAGGUUCUUGUCAAAAGUGGGUUCUGACCAAGCUUUGAGGGCCUCGAGGGAAGUGGUAGGGAUUUGGGUCUUGGGGAGGCAGGCGAGGGGUUUUCAGAAGCUUUGUCACCUUGCCCGCAGCAAAAUGAAGAAUCAAGUUAGAAACACAUACCGGGAGAGGCAAACCCAAGAUGGUGAUGGUGGUGUCGGGAAUUAGCAGUCGUCCGUGUCACCAGGGGCCGGGUGGAGGGACAGUGACACAAGUGGCGGGGGCGGGAGCUGGAGCCGUGUUACGGUGAGGUGGUGAGUCUGGGUUCAGAGGUGGUGCCUUUGAGGUCACGGCAGCAAUGUCCAGGGCACAGCUGACAGCGAUGGGGACAAUUGUCUGGGAACUGGCUGUGGAACCAGAAAGGCCAGCAGUAGCAACGUGCACUUACCCAAGGAUGGUUGUUGAGCAGAGAAGGCAGACCCGCCGGGCCCCUGCCCAGGGCUGGAGGACACCGUGGGCGCCUGGUCCAGCCUAAGCCCACGGGCAGGUGUGCACACACAUGGAACAUGGCCUGUGCUCCUCCGCCUGUCCGUUCAGUCCUUCCUCUCUGUCCCUGAAGGCAGUGUAGCAGCCUGGGUUUCAGCAAAGUCUCAGUAAUGAUUCAAGACUGCCCCCCCCUCUUUUUUUGCCAUGUCCCCACGUGGGAUCUGGGCUGCCUUCCCAAGAUGGUGCUGUGCGAGCCCCACAUGCAGGCCCCGCAGGUUCCCAGCAUCCAGGGCUGCCGAGCACCGUCCCCUGUGAAUUGUUCCAAAGUAGGAACAGCCAUAGGGUGACUGCUGUUCCUAAGAAACGGCUUCCUGGAAUCAACACACAGCUCUGACUGCUGGCCCAUGAUCAAGUUUGGGAUGACGUGGAACUUGUCAUUCCAGACCUGACAAGCCGCAGGAGGGCAGGGGAGAGAGCAUCUCGUGUCCACUUCCUCGAAGCAGGUUUCCGUUUCUGUGGCCGCCCAGACCUGGGGACGCAAGGGGGCACUGCCUCCUCCCAGUCUGGUGGGGAGGCUCCUUCAGUGUAGUUCAAGGGCAGCAGGUCAGGCAUUUGAGGGACUGUGAGGUCACGGGGUCAUUAGGAAGGUCAGCUGCUCCAGCCCCAGAGAUCAUGCUUGGUGCCAUGGCCCCUGCCACCAGCCCGGGGCUGCUCCGUGCCACACACGCCUGGAGUGUGGGACCCUGGUGCCCCAGGCAGGUUCAAGUCAGGGUGCGGCAAUGGGAUGUAGCUCUCAAGAGCGGCCCCUGCUAAGUGUCACAGGUCUUGUGACGUGUACCUAAGAUGGGGUGUGCAUAGUCCCGGCCCACUCUGCUUUCUCCAUCACCAACCAUCUGCCAAGUGACCGGUGAUCCCCCCGCCUGUGCUGGGCCCCCGGGGGAGGCAGAGCGGUCAAAGUGAGAUUUCCAGAAGGAGUCUAUCUCCUGCGCUCCUGCCAUUUCAGAGAGCUCUGCUGAGAAGAUGAGGCAAGGGUGGAGGGUCAUGGAGGUCAAGCCUUGCAGAGCUUGACCUGGGAGCAUCUCCAACCCCAGGGCUGUCUGGCUGGGCCUGUGAAAAGCACAGUUAACUGAUGUACUGGCACCAACUGAAUAGUGGCAGCGGGCUCGAGAGACUGGUGAGUGUCACCCGCAUAUUACAGUUGAGGCUCCAAGUGUCCAGAUCCCUGCCCUCGAAAGCUGCACCCCGAUUUCUCUCUGGGGGGAUUUUACCGUGAUCCAUGGGUCUGUGGUAAUUAUGCUGGAUCUUCUGACUUGCGGCCCAUUGCUUCUGCCGUCAUCUACGAACCAGGCCGUGCCAGGGUUUGCCGGGUCUGGUCUGCAUAGGAGUAUUAGCUCGUCCGGUUAGUGAUGUUUGUUCACAGAAUGCUUCUCACUUCAGGAUUUACUGCUAAAUACACAUCCUCUUAAAUCAGUUUAACUUCAGAUAGUUAGAUGGGUGGUUACUAAUAAUGCCAUUUUCUUCAUAGCUUCCUCCCCCCCCCACACACACAGAAGCAUUUCCCUGUUCAAAAUUCUAGUGUAUGCAGAGCUACUUCUGCAUAGACCUUUGUGUGCCUUUUUAUUUAUUUUUGAGAGAAAAUUCCACGCAGGCUCCUCAGUGUCAGCAUGGAGCCUGACACAGGGCUCGAACUCACAAACUGAGAUCAUGACCUGAGCUGAAGCUGGAUGCUUAACUGACUGAACCACCCAGGUGCCCCUUUACGUACCUUUUCCACAACCAUAAAUUUAGGAGUUUGAUGUGUUGGUAGAAUGGUGAGAAAAUGGAGUUGGACAGAGUUAGAGGUUCUGCAGUCUUCACCUAGGUGAAGCAAACACAGGACCGCGAUGGGACUCAGCAAAGUCUCAGUGAUGAUCCAAGACUGCCCCUUCGCCGCCCCCCCCCCUUUUUUUUUUUUUGCCACAAAGCAAACCACAUGUGAGCAUUUCCUUGCAAGUGCAGAGGAAGAAGGUCUUGAAACGUUUCUGGUAAGAGAGAAAUACGUUGCCCAUGUAUCUAAGGUGAGAACGUUGCUGCUCUCGUGAGGGAUCUUUGGAGGGUCAGGAAAUCUGUUCUGUGCACACAGGCUGCUGCAGAGAUGCCCCCACGAAUGUCCCGGGGGUCUCCGCCCUGAGUACUCUCCCCUGCGCGGUCCCACAAGCUUGGAGGAGGGUGAGGUCUCCCCUCACACGUGUUCUUUCUGUUUCAGGCUUGAACAAACCUUGCCCAGUUUUGAUCCCUUCAAGACUUUGCCACAGCCUCUAUCACACAUCUGUUUUUCUCGAAGAAAAAAAUAUAAUAAAAAUGUUUUACUCUUUUACACUGUAUAAUUUUAAGAUAUAGUGUGUUAUUUGUGAACGCAUGGUCUGACCUUUCUGUACAGUUUGGACAUAUUUUCAAACGAAACAUAAAAGAUGUCAAUAAAACCAA